AUGGCGGAGGGGUCGAGAUUUGCGUCGAGAAUCGCCGCUUUCAUCCUCAUUGGGGCCAAUUUGUUCUUUAUGACUCUCUGUGCUGGGACUUUCGCAUUAGGCUUGUGGGCCAUCGCGUCGCCGAGUUCAUUGUCUCACGCGAUUCAAACCUUCGGCGAUGCCACAACAAAGGUACUCUUAACACGGGAGUUUCUGGACGUGCAACUUGGGGUCGCGCUGGCGGCUCUCUCGAUGUUUUUCUUCUUCAUAGCUCUGAUGGGUUUCUACGGGGCCGUCGAUCGCUCCCAAUUUCUUCUAUUCAUGUACUCCAUACUGGUUGUUCUUCUCCUGCUGCUGGAGUGCGCUCUGUUGUUCUACUACACUUCGGACUUGACAGAGAAAGGCGUACGAGCAGGAGACGGACAGCUGACGCACGCCCUCAGGGUGACCUUCAAAUGCUGCGAACACAAUUACUCAUCUGAUGCGUCCGACAUGAUGCAGCCUCCGUGGUCCUGCUGUGGCGUGAUGUGGUUCCCAGAUAACUGCACCGCCGACCGAAUCUUUGGACAGGAUUGCAAACAGACAAUAUCCGCGUGGUGGACAAACUACCGGGCGGCCGUAUAUCUGUCUCUGUCGGCGCUGCACAUCGUGUUGUUGUCCUGCUCGCUCGUACGCCGAUCGGACAAUGCUCCGCCACCUGUGGGAAGGUGCAACAUGCGGGUGUCCCCUGCCUCUGACCCCGACGAUGACCUCCUGAUGAUUGUUAUGGGCAGGGGGCGAGUGGGGUGGACGGGGAAGGCACCCGCCGCGGAAGCAGGCACAGUGAGG